CUUCCUUCCUCCUCUUCCUCCCGGGGGCGUCCAUGCGUGUGCAGCCCCCUCCUCGGCCUCGCCCCGCCGCCGGGGAAGCCGCGAUGCUGGCCUCCGAGGAAGGAGGCUCCCCUUCUUCUCCUUCUUCCCCCCCGAGCCUCCCCAUCCUCAUCUCCCCCUCCGCCGAGAGCCGCUUCCCCAUCCAUGCCUUGGUUUGGCACGACCGGCCCCAGGAGCUGGAGGAGAUGCUCAGCGCCCAGCAGGUGGACAUCGAACAACUGGACCCGAGGGGGCGCACCCCUCUGCAUCUGGCCACCACCUUGGGCCACCUGGAAUGCGCCCGUGUUUUGCUGCGCCACGGCGCUGACGUGGCCAAAGAGAACCAGAGCGGAUGGACGGUGCUGCAGGAGGCGGUCAGCACGCGGGACCUGGAGCUGGUGCAACUGGUGCUGCGCUACCGCGACUACCAGCGGGCCCUCAAGCGCCUGGCCGGCAUCCCCACUUUGCUGGAGAAACUGCACAAGGCACAAGAUUUCUACGUGGAGAUGAAGUGGGAGUUUACCAGUUGGGUGCCCUUGGUCUCCAAGAUCUGCCCCAGCGACACCUACAAGGUCUGGAAAUGUGGGCAAAACCUCCGCGUGGACACCACUCUCCUGGGCUUUGACCACAUGACCUGGCAGCGCGGGAACCGCAGCUUCAUCUUCCGCGGACAAGAUACGACCGCAGUGGUGAUGGAGAUCGACCACGACCGGAGGGUGGUUUACUCCGAAACGCUGGCCUUGGCGUCCCAGGACCAGGAGGGUAUCCUGGCAGCGGUUCAGCCCACGGAAGAGCAGGUCAUGGGACGCCUCAUGGCCCCGGUGGUCACCACGCAGCUGGACACCAGGAACAUUGCCUUCGAGAGGAACAAGUCAGGCAUUUUGGGCUGGAAGAGCGAGAAGACGGAGACGGUGAACGGGUACGAGGCCAAGGUCUAUGGGGCUUCCAAUGUCGAACUCAUCACCCGGACGCGGACAGAGCACCUUUCUGAACAGCACAAAAGCAAGACCAAAGGUGGCAAGACCCCCCUCCAGUCCUUCUUGGGCAUUGCCGAACAACAUGUGGGUCCCAACAAUGGGGCCCUGGUCACGCAGACGCUCAGCCGCGCCAACCCCACCGCCAUCACGCCGGAGGAGUACUUCGACCCCAGCUUCGAGCUCGGCAGCCGGGACAUGGGCCGACCCAUCGAGCUGACCACCAAGACCCAGAAGUUCAAAGCCAAGCUCUGGCUCUGUGAAGACCACCCGCUCUCUCUGUCCGAACAAGUCGGGCCGAUCAUCGACCUGAUGGCCGUCAGCAACGCCCUUUUUGCCAAAUUACGGGACUUCAUCACCCUCCGCUUGCCGCCAGGCUUCCCCGUUAAGAUCGAAAUCCCCAUCUUCCAUAUCCUGAACGCCCGCAUCACCUUCGGAAACCUCAAUGGCUGCGACGAGGCAGUCGCCUCGAUCCGGGGUUCGGGGAGUUCGGGGAGUCCCAGUAGCGAUGUCCCUUCGCCCGGAAGCGAUCGCUCUAGCAUCAGCAGCGCCAGCUCCGUCGGUUCCUGCCGGUGUUACGAGAUGGACCCCUUGCUCUUUGAAGCCCCCCGAGGUUACAGCGUUGUCGGCAGCCACCCGGAGCCCCUCAGGGAAGAUGACGAUGACCUUUUGCAGUUCGCCAUCCAACAGAGUUUGCUUGAAGCCGGGACCGAGUACGACCAGGUAACUAUAUGGGAAGCCUUGACCAACAGCAAACCAGGGACGAUCCCCGUGUCGCAAGAGCGGCGCCGGGUCAACAGGACGCCACAGCACACGCCGCCGACGCCGCGCCCGUCGACCCCGCAGCGGUCCUCCCCCUCGGCGGUCAAGCCCUCCGGCCGCCCGCUGCCCAGUUACGCCGAACAGCUCCGCCUGGCCAUGGCGCUGUCGGCGAAGGAGCAGGAGGAAGCGGAGCGGCGCUCGCGGCAGGAGGAGGAGGAAUUCGCCCGCAUCCUGCGCCUCUCGCUCACCGAACAAUAAGCCGUGUUUCGGGGGACGGUAUUGGGGAGGGGGGCACUCCUGCACAAGACCCUGGUCCAGAAGCGGAUCGGACAGAAGCGCCUUCCCGAAACCGCACUAAUCCAGGACUUCGUUGGCGGACGAUUUUGGGGGGACUUUAGGGCACAAUUCGGGGAGACUCCGUCCCCAAAGCUGAGCCAUUCGAACCCUCCGUUCCCCCAAGAGGUAAGUCUUCGACGGAGAAGCCAAAUUUGGGGUGGGCUUCCUUCCUUCUUCCUGCACACUCCUGGGGCCAAGGACUAGGCAAGGGUUCAAAUCCAAUCUUCCUUUUACACAUCUGAAAAUUAUCUGAAUCUGGAUUGGCGCUCCAGUGCAUCUACACUGGAGAGUGAAUGCAGUUUAACACCACUUUGUUGUGGCUCAAUGGAACGCCAGGGUUUGGAGUUCUGGGUGCUUCUAGGCUGCUACAAUUAACCCACUUUCAAUGAGAGUUGUCGUUUGGAACCAUCGUGAGAGACUACAACUCCCAGCAUUUCCGUUGCCCUCAAAGCGGCACCAAACUGUGUUAAUUUGACAGUGUAGAUGCACCUUGGAUUGAGACGAUCUGAAUCCAGGCGGCGGCCCUUCGCUCCGGUUUAACCAAGCACAGAUCUGUAAGGCACAAUAGACAAAACACAACUCCGGGCGGAAGUCGGGCACAAUCCUUCAUCCAAGAGGAUCUUAAUUCAGAUCCGUCCAACCGGUACAAGAUGGGUUGAAUCCCAAUCUUGGGAGGCAGGGUUUCAUUCUGGAUCAACAGGACAUUGGGCUUUCUUUUGGGCGACAACUUCCAAAAGCACUCGGCCGGUGGCUUCAAGGUUUUGCGCAUUCACUCUGGGGUCCCUCGGCCAGUCGGUACCCUCUUCUUAUGGGGCACUAAGUGCACUUAACACCCCUUCCACCCCAAGAAAGCCGUAGUUCUUCAUGCUCUUUCGCUUGGCCUUGUUGACCGGUUGCCUGCAAGUGAGACGUAGCCUCCUCCGAGUCCCAAGAAAGUGGGGAACAUUGGUCACUCCUGCCCAAGGAGGGCACAAAGGACACCACACCCACGUGCCAUGGAUGGGCCACCGGGAGCUGCACCCAGCUGCCCUUGUUGGCUUAUAGGAAGCUCAAGCAAGAAGCCACCAUUGACUUCUUGGCGCAGGAACCAGAUGCCAUUGUUGGCUUAUUAGAAGCAGCACUCAAGUGCCAUCUUUGGUUGAAUAGGAGCUGGGCCCAGGUGCCGUAGUUGGCUUACGGGAUACAGCAUUCUGAAACCAUGGUUGGCUUCUUGGGAGCUGGACCAAGAUGCCAUUGUUGGCUUAUUGGAAGCUGUACCGAAGUGUCACCGUUGGCUUACUGGGUGCUGGGCCAAAACGCCAUCGUUGGCUUAUUGGGAGGUGCACUAAGGUGACAUCGUUGGCUUAUGGGAAAAUGUUCCCAGUUGUCACCAUUGGCUCAUUGGAAGCUGAAUGAAGGUGCCAUUGUUGGCUUAUUGGGAACUGUACCCAGUUGUCACCAUUGGCUCAUUGAGAGCUCCUUGAAGGUGCCAUCAUUGACUUAUGGGAAACUGCACCCAGUUGCCACCAUUGGCUCAUUGGAAGCUGAAUAAAGAUGCUAUCAUUGGCUUAUAGGGAACUGCACCUAGGUGCCACCAUUGGCUUAUGGGAAACUGUCACCAGUUGCCACUAUUGCCUCAUUGGGAGCUCAAUGAAGGUGCCAUAAUUGCUUUAUGGGAAACUCUACCUAGUUGCAACCAUUGGCUCAUUGGGAGUUGAACGAAGGCGCCAUCGUUGGCUUAUGGGAAACUGUACCUAGUAGCCACCAUUGGCUCAUUGGGAGCUGAAUGAAGGUGCCAUCAUUGGCUUAUAGGGAACUGCACCCAGGUGCCACCGUGGGCUGAUUGGGAGCUCCUUGAAGGUGCCAUUGUUGGCUUAUGGGAAACUGUACCCAGUUGUCACCACUGGCUCAUUGGGAGCUCACUGAAUGGCUUAUGGAAACUGUACCCAGUUGCCACCGCUGGCUCAUUGGGAGCUCAAUGAAGGUGCCAUCAUUGCUUUAUGGGGAACUGUACCUAGUUGCAACCAUUGGCUCAUUGGGGGCUGAAUGAAGGUGCCAUCCUUGGCUUAUGGGAAAUUGUUCCCAGUUGUCACCGUUGGCUCAUUGGGAGCUGAUUGAAGGUGCCGUUGUUGGCUUAUGGGAAACGGUACCCAGUUGCCACCAUUGGCUCAUUGGGGGCUGAACAAAGGUGCCAGCUUUGGCUUAUUGGGAACUGUAACCCGUUGCCACCAUUGGCUCAUUGGGAGCUGAACAAAUGGCUUAUGGGAAACUGUACCCAGUUGCCACUGUUGGCUCAUAAGAAGGCGCCAUCAUUGUCU